AUGUCACUCAUUUCUCCAACAGACGCUGACCAUAAGUCUGGAAACGCGCAAACGUCAAUAUUCCAACGUCGCACCACCCGAAACGCUUUUUUUUUGGAAACUGAUCUUGGUCGGGGGUUUGAUUGUAGAAAUGCAAUUGGACUUCUGAAUGAAGGUAGAACUGGAAUUGCUGCUCAAAUGGUUGGAUUAGCUCAAGGUGCGUUUGAUCAAUCAGUAAGUUAUACUUAUCAAAGAAAACAAUCUGGAACACCGAUUAGAGACUAA